UCGAGCGUAGAAAUCAACAGCUAACAAUGAGUGGCAGAGGCAAAACCGGUGGCAAGGCGAGAGCGAAGGCUAAGACUCGCUCAUCCAGGGCAGGGCUGCAGUUUCCCGUCGGUCGUGUUCACAGGCUUCUUCGCAAAGGCAAUUACGCUGAGCGCGUCGGUGCCGGUGCUCCCGUUUAUCUGGCGGCUGUGCUCGAGUAUCUUACUGCUGAGAUCUUGGAGUUGGCUGGAAACGCCGCGAGGGACAACAAGAAGACCCGUAUCAUUCCUCGUCACCUGCAGCUGGCGGUGCGCAAUGACGAGGAGCUCAACAAACUCCUGGGCGGAGUGACUAUCGCUCAGGGCGGCGUGCUGCCCAACAUCCAGGCUGUGCUGCUGCCCAAAAAGACCGACAAACCCGCCAAAACCAAAUAGGCUGUUUUAGGUUUUCUUCUGAAACCAAAGGCUCUUUUAAGAGCCACUCA